AUGUCGGCGAUUAUUGUGUGGAUAGCGCGUUGGAUUGUGGUCGAAGAUGGGGUAAAAUUUAUCAUUGGACUUCAUGAUGAAUUUAAGAAGUGAGUUUGCAAAAUUUGAAAAGGGUUUUUAGGAAAAACUGUAACAUUAUUGUAGAUACAACCCGUUCAAUGCAAAUGUUGGAAAACUCUUUGCUAAUGGAAGAUUUUUGCGGAAAACUUCGUCUUACGAGCAUGUGUAAGUGGUAUUUUGUCAAAUGAGACGUUAAUCUUCCUAGAUUUGAAACAUUUUUGAUUAAAGCAAUAUAUUUUACAUCUAAAAUAAGGUGCAAAUUGUCUGCCAAAUUUUUAUUUUUUUUUACUGUGGCAGGGGUACGGUUUUUAAGUUACUACAUGGCUCUUUCAAACUAUGCUCAUUGUGUGAAUUGACAAUUUCAGCCCGAUUUUCUGGUUUGAGAACUACUUUACUCAAGAAGGCGUUCAUAACCUGGCUUGCGCUGGAUGUGAAAUCACUCUCUACCUCACAGUGCUCUAUUAUGGCUUUAUUUUGCUGUUGGUGCAAUAUAUGAAGGAUCGACCUCCUUACAGUUUGAAAACAGCCUUAUUUUUGUGGAACCUUGGACUGGCAAUUUUCAGUGUUUUUGGCGCGUGGAGGAUUGGACAGGUAUUUUUUGAGGCGAUUUUUUAGAUCUUAGUGACUCGGUAGUUUUAUUCGAAGUCUUUUUUGCGAAAUUUUACCUUUUUUUGGAGGUAAAAUGUCUAGUGUAAUAUACAGGGUGUUUCAAGAAAUUUGGAAGAAACUAGUUGCGAAUAUUUUUGAGCUCUUGCUAGUUAUCGCAGAAAUUCUUUUUGUUUCUAAAACUUGACAGCGGGCGGUUUUGUACUGAACAAAAAAAAAAUUUUUUUCGUCGGCGGAGAGGCCAGUUCUCGGCGGAGGCAUUUGGGGCCUUUUUUAAAAAUCACACCUUAUUACAUCGUGGAAACUCUGUUACAGUGGCCAAAAUCAUGUUUACGUUAAACCUCCGUGGAUUUUGCGGUAUGCUUUUUUUGUUUUCGAUUUUCGCUCAUCCGCGGAGGCACGGCGGAGACCUCAGGUUUCGGCGGACGUCGUUUUGAGCCUUUGGAUCAUUCAAUUCAGGUUGGAAAAAAGUGUGGGGUGAUUUUUUGUUGUCACCCGAUGCACAGAUGCAAAAAUUUCGCACUUUUUUUCCCCGGCGGAGGAUUCAGCGGAGGCUUUACCAAAGGGUCAGAACAGUCUUAGGAGUCCGGGAAAAAACUCAGCUACAAGAAUCCAUCACAGCAACACCAUUUUUCUUAUUUUUUUGAUCCGGCGGACACAUCGGCGGAGGUUUCGGCGGAGGCUUUAUCAAAAGAGUCAAAAUUUUGUUUUGACCCUUUGAGAAAGCCUCCGCCGAAUCCUCCGCCGGGGAAAAAAAGUACAAAAUUUUUGCCCUCUGUGCAUCGGAUGACAACAAAAAAUCGCCCCAACCUUUUUUCCAACAUGGAUUUGCAAAAACCGAGUGCCCAAAACAAAGUCCGCCGAAAUCUGCGGUCUCCGUCGCGCCUCCGCGGAUGUUGCGUAAAAUCGAAAACGCAACAAAAGCAUACCGCAAAAUCCACGGAGGUUUAACGUAAACAUGAUUUUGGCCACUGUAACAGAGUUUCCACGAUGUAAUAAGGUGUGAUUUUUAAAAAAGGCCCCAAAUGCCUCCGCCGAGAACUGGCCUCUCCGCCGACGAAAAAAUUUUUUUUUGUUCAGUACAAAACCGCCCGCUGUCAAGUUUUAGAAACAAAAAGAAUUUCUGCGAUAACUAGCAAGAGCUCAAAAAUAUUCGCAACUAGUUUCUUCCAAAUUUCUUGAAACACCCUGUAAAAAAUUUCGUGUCAAGACCAUAAUAUAGUAAAAUACUGUAACGUAUUUUACUAUAUUAUGGGUAAUUCGACCUUCGUAAGGUCAAUUUUCCCAACUUUGUAUAUUUUAAAAAUUGCAAUUCAAGUUUCCCGCCAAGAACAGAAUGCCAACCAAACUUCCUAAUCAAAAGCAUUGAAAUAAAUUCCCAGUGUAAAGUCCGUGGAGCCUAAUACCGUGUAAAAAAUCCCAAAAUUUGCACAUGGCUUAUAUUUUUUGCUGUUUUUGCAACUUUUUUCAAAAAGCCAAAUUUUUGUAAAGCUUCCGUUCGUAACGUCCCUGUCUUUUUAGGAGUUCUUUGCCCGGCUUUCAACUGAAGGAUUUACCCAAACAGUUUGUCUUUUACCGAACGAAUUCACUCCAACAACCUUUUGGAUGAUCGCUUUUGCUCUUUCGAAAAUUGUCGAAUUUGGCGACACCAUUUUUGUGGUCCUCAGAAAACGCCCUCUCAUCUUUUUGCACUACUAUCAUCAUGCUGCGGCAUUGAUCUACGCCUUCCAUUCAGGUAAGGAAAUAAAAAUCUUGGGUGAUGGCAUGUAUAACAUAAAUUUUGUCUGAAAUUUUUUAUGUCUACUGUUAACUUCAUUUUGAUCUCUUUGGCUAUUUUCUGGCCAAAUUUUUAAUUAAAAAAAUAAAAGUGAAUUUUCGACCUUAUUUUAGGUGCUCAUGUCUCCGCAACUGGAGUUGUCUUCGCGUUGAUGAAUUACGCUGUUCACGUUCUGAUGUACUCUUAUUACGCCAUAAGUGCGUUAGGAAUUCGGCUGCCGAAACCAUUGGCCAUGACGAUCACAACUUUACAGACAGUUCAAAUGUUUGCAGCAGUUGGAAUUACAAUUUAUGCAUAUUAUUUGAAGGCUUUCACCGACACUUUGUAAGUUUUCCUCUUAUUUUUAAAAGAAAAUAUUGGGAUUGAAAUAGAUUCUGCAGUUCAGAAGAUUAGCGACUUGAAUUUUGGGAAAAUUUAAAUCGCGUUAUGCAGAAUUUCUAUAAAAAAUAUAUUUUCAUAAAAAUUCUUCGUCUUCUAUUUUAAGACGAAGAAAAUGAUUUUUUUCCUAAAUUUUUAUGGGGUUGUUAACAAAAAAACUCUUUUAAUUUAUUUGUUUGCAAAAAUCGUGGAAAGGUCUACAAAUAAUUGAUUCGGUUCAAUUGCCAGCUAAUUUUUUUUAAUAAAAAGGGGGAAAUUUUGUCACCUGUCAAUCGGAUAAGAGGGAAUUUACUUGAUUCUCCCAGUUUUUGACAGUUUACGUGACUUUUUCAGGCUGUGCUUGAAACCUAAUACGUUGAAAAUGAUCUCUAAAAAGUUGAAUAUGAACUGAACCUUUUUUCGCUAACUUGGUCAGUAGGUCGUACAGAGUAAUUUCAAUUUGGGGUUGUCAUGAAUUAUAUAAUUUUUUGCUGUAAACACGCAAAAAUUUUAUGGUUAACGAUGGAUUAAAGGUUAUAAAUGCUUUUGGUACUUUUUCCUGGUCCCAUAUAAUGUUUUAGAACGAUUUUCCGUCCUUGCUACAGAAUGCCAAAAAUGCCGGGAAAUUUUCAAUUUGAAUUUUCUUGGAUUAGAAGGACAGAAAUCAUGUAAAAACGGGUUGGAAGAAGAUUUGUAUUAUUUCUGCAAUUAAAAAAGCGUAUUUUAGCUGCCAAGUGUACUUCUCCAACCUUCACUUGGCCUUCUUUAUCUACGUUACAUUCGCCGCUCUGUUUCUUCGUUUCUUUUAUGGGACAUAUGUGGAGAAAAAGAAGGUCAAACAACAAUAA